GAUAAAAAUUUACAAUAAGCUGCCUGGUGUGGUUGAGCAAUGAGUAAUUCGGAAAUUCAUGUUUGUUUAAAUAUAGAUUAGUUAGUACCCGACUUUCAAUAGGGGAAACAGUGCGAUAUUUGUGAGUUCGUGGAAUAAGCAAAAUCCGUGUAAAAUAAUUUUUCCAGAUAUCUUUGUAUAGGAAGAAGUUUAAUUUUAAAACAGUAAUAAACAAAAAAUGUUAGCCUUAUGGUACACUGUCCUGUCCUACCGGGACACAAUUUGGGACAAAUUAUCAUCGAAAAAAACGCCAACCGCCGAAGAAACAGCCAUAGUCUGUCCUUUACCGCCAAAAAAGAUCGAACCACCAUCUAAAAUCCCUCUAGCUGAAUCACCAACCGCCAAACAAAAAGCCAUAGACUGUCCUUUACCGCCCAAAAAGAUAGAACCGCCUUCCCAAAUCCCAGUAGCUGAACCACCUAAGUCUCAACGCCCUCUUCCAACAUCACCACCUCAACCAACAUCAUCAAUACCAAAACCAAUUGCUCAACAAAAAAAAGAUUCUCCACGUGUACCUUCUCCAGAUCUAUUUUUCGAAGAGCCUCUAUAUGAUUUCGAACAUGAUGAACUUCCACGUGCACCUUCUCCACAUCUAUAUGUGGCAGAUCCUUUGGAUGAUUUCGAAUAUGAGGACGGAAGUGAUUCUAGUGAACCAGAUGAUGAUGAAGAUUCUGUGUUAGAUAUGCCUCAGUUUCAAAGUGAUCGCGGUUGCUAAAUCGGUUAACGAGUUUAUUGAUUAAGAAACAAUGUAAUCUUGUAUGAAAAUAUAUUUGUUCAUUUUUGAUAAUUUAGUUUUUGAUUGUUUGAA